UCAGUACCCAGGCUACGUGAAACAGCAUCCUAUCUUCGUUCUUCAGCCUAGAGUCUAGACUGACAGUCAGAUGAAGAACCAGGAAUUGCGCGGACUGAUUGAAAUUCAUCUAAUUAUGGGAUUUAACUUAACAGUAUCAUAUAUCUAAUUAUCAAAAUGGCGGAUCACAAUUCGACGGGAAAUUUCUCUGUGACGACUGUUACACAUUCCAUUUCAACACGCAUUGAACAGCAGCUCCGUCUUACACAGGCAAAAAGUGAUUGCUUUGAGAAAAUCUACAGUAAUGAGACGUACCAAAGUCCCACUGGAGGACUUUUCUGUGGCGUGGCUUGGGAUGAUGUUAUGUGCUGGAAUGCCACACCUGCUGGGACAAUUGCGACACAGCCUUGUGCAACCUACGUUGAUGGCUUCAAGAAGUCGGCGUUUGCCAGCAGACACUGCACAGAAAAUGGUACUUGGUUUAUCAACCCUAAGACGAACAGCACGUGGUCUGAUUACACUCCGUGUGUCCCGGUAAAAGGACUCACUACUAUCGGCGAGCACAUGCCAAGAAUUCGACUAAUGUACAACAUAGGUUAUGGUGUCUCUUUGUGUUCUCUUGUCAUCGCUGUCUUCAUCAUGCUGUGCUGUAGACGGCUCAACUCUAAGAGUAACACGCUACAUAUCAACUUAUUCCUGGCCUUCAUUUUCCGUGCCGUCAUGUCCUUUCUGAAAGACAGCUUGUUUGUGGACGGCCUAGGAUUGGAAAAGGAUAUUAUCCGGAGCGAUGAGGGCAUCAUGUUCCGGAAUGAUGGCUCUUUGCACUGGGAGUGUAAACUUCUGUUUACAUUGUUCGUGUACGGUGUAUUGACUACUAGUAUGUGGAUCUUUAUGGAAGCCCUGUACUUACAUGUCCUGGUAUACCGGACUCUGUUCACGGAACGACAUGGUGUGAAAAUGUACAUCUUCCUCGGCUGGUUGUUACCUGUUAUAUUCAUUGUACCGUGGGUCAUCGUUAGGAUCAACCUAGAGGACGUGUUAUGCUGGAAUACCAGUCCUACAAAGGAAUUCAUGUUGAUCAUCACAGCACCAAUUAUACUUACGACUGUGAUUAAUUUUGUUUUCUUUAUUAAUAUAGUACGGGUUUUAUUCACCCGAGUUAAGACUAAUAGAAAUGUAUCUGGGGCGCGGAAAGUAAGAAAACUCACAAAGUUCAUCGGCGUUUUGAUUCCACUGUUUGGCGUGUGCUACAUUGUAUUCGCCGUGCUGUUCAGAGUGGAAUUGGACGAAGAUUUAGAUGUACCGUAUUUGUACGGCGAAAUGUUCUAUAACUCCUUCCAGGGAUUUAUUUUGGCAAUACUGUUUUGCUUUCUGAAUGAAGAGGUCCACCUCGAGAUCCAGCGAUUUUGGCACAGAUAUGCACUCGGGCGUCAUGACAGCUACGUCUACACCAGAACUGCAUUUAUGUCGUCCUGGCGACACGGCUCCCAAGUGUCACGUGUACCCUCCAAUAAUGGACAUAGUGAAACAUCGGUCAAUGGCAGACUAUUAUGGUCGUCACGUAGUAACCACAAUGGAGCCAAAAAAGGAGCACAAAACUAUAAUAAUAGGUCGUCAUGGAAACGGGAAUAUGCCAUGGACUCGGCAAAUGGAUCAAUGAGAACGCGACCUGGGGAGACCGAUUGUAAGACGUGUUACCUGGGCCUACCACAGAGAGAUUCGAACAGGCAGGAAUUCAUUGAAAUGAGGUGAACGGACGUUUUAUGAAGCCCCAUGGAUCAUGUACUCUGAAGACAUAACGGACAUCCAUCCCCCUACUGUGGAGGGAACCAUAAUUCGAUUAUGUUCAGUGCUGAACACCGUCAAAUGUAUAACUUUCAUAAUAGUUAAAAGACAUCCCAUGAUCUCGCAUUGUCCCUAAUGACCUCAAGGUGGAUCAGAACAGGAUAUCAUUACAAAUCUUAGGUUGAUCAUCAAUUUAGAAAUCAUAGACCACCAGGUAGCUGCAGCAUCACCGCGUCAUCUCAUACGUCCCUACGAAUCAUUGAGCUGACGGUGUCCUAGUUUAUUGUUGAUGACAAUGACAGUAAUGCCGCGUUAUGGUCAUGUAUAUUUAGCUAUGACGACGGAAACAAUUUGAUGUUUUACAGUUAACCAUUUGAGCGUUUUCAGGUCAAUAUUGAUUCCUUGUUUUCAAAAUAAUUACGAAAAUGUAUAAAACUUAUGAUUCAUAUAAUUAUGUUGCAGAAAAUGUUCAUGUAAAUUAAGAAGCUGGAGACAUAUCUGCUUUCAUGUACUUGUUUGAGCUAGAUUGGAAGAAAAUACAACUGCUCAUGGAAGUGUAGCGCGCUAGAACGAUAGUUGUCCUUCAUUUUGUGUAAAAGAAUUUUGCCAUCAAUCAACUGCAUAUUAAAGUGAUACUCAUUGUC